UGUCGUGUCCCUCGGUUCAAGGGUCACACAUCAUGGUAACCACGCUAGCUCGGGCAGAAGUAAACGUUGUCUCGAUCCUGGCGGAACAGAGGUUGUGUAGAAGAAAGCUGGAGGUACCUGGGAUCAUGUUGCAGGAGGGUACGGUUCACAGAUGGUGGAUGCUGAGUUUGUUGCUUCUCAUCUCCUGCCUUCUCUCUGCCAGUGCUGAGGACCCUGCUCAUCCAGAUGUGGUCAGAGAGGGGCAUCGGCCCAAUAUCAAGCUGGACAGGGAAAUGGUCCAGGAUAGAGAUCACAUUAUGGAGCAUUUGGACGGUGUUAUUGACAAGCCUGAGUCGGACAUGUCGCCCCAAGAGCUGCAGCUGCACUAUUUUAAAAUGCACGACUACGAUGGCAACGACCUGCUGGACGGCUUGGAGCUGGCCACUGCUAUAACCCAUGUACACAGAGAGGAAGGAGGAGAAAAUAGCCAUCAAAUGAAUGAAGAGGAUCUCAUUAGUUUAAUAGAUGACGUGCUGAGAGAUGAUGACAAGAACAACGAUGGAUAUAUUGAUUAUGCAGAGUUUGCUAAAUCGCUGGCAUGAAAGAAACUACAAAUAGUGGUUUAGCCCUUUAUGUAUUUCAAGCAGCCAACUACUUCAGUCACCCCGGUUUACUACAAGUCAGUGUUCAAAUUCUCUAAAUCUCCAAAUCAAUAACACAACUCAAAUAUUUGAAAUAAAAAAUAUAUAUAUUUUAGUCUGGAGCUGAACAUUACAGUAUUUUUUAUAGUUUCUUCAGUAUCUUCCCAGACCCUGAUCUGCACUAAUCUUGGACUUCCUAAUGUUACCUUAGGUAAGGCAACCCAAGAUUAGCUAUUCAGGGUAUGUGAAAGCAGCCUUUGGUGUAUUUAAGGUAAUGACAUAGGCUGUUUUUUAAUAAUACAGUAUUUGAGAUUCAGAGGCUCUAAUGCACUGUAUUAAUUUAUUCUAAUAAUUGGAGAUUCUUAUGGAUUGAGUGUUUGCACAUACGCUUCUAUGUUAUGGUAGUAGCACAAUAUAUUGAUUUAAAAAACCCAGCAUAUUCGUCAUCUUGUUUUAGGUUAUAAAUUUGAUGAGAGAGUUGUUAAUCUGUUAAUUCUCAGACUUGUAGGUCUUAAAUGUCCUGCUGGUCUUUGGUCUUUAAAAAUCAUUUUGAGUGAGAACUGAAUCGGUGACCCUAGCUGAAGUUUUCCUUUUUUUCUGGGGGGUGGUCCCCAGUCCUAGUCCCAGUCCAUCGCUCCCGGCUUGGCAGGGCUAGCACAUCUAGUAAAUCAAUUCAUUAAUCAGAUGACUCUUCUGUCACACUUUCUCUUGUCCUUAAAUUCAAACAGGAGCAUGGUGAUUCUGUGGAAUUGGUACACAUGGCUGUGUGUUUGAAUACUGCUGGGCUUUUAUAGAUGUUUGAUAAAGCCAUAUUGACAGUUGAAACCAUUUGUAUACUUCAUUGUAAAAUAGUUUUUUUUUGUUUUUUUUUUUUUUUUUUUAACAAUGCUCUGUGUUUUGUAAAAAAUAACAUUAAUACUAAGAUCUUCUGUCAGUGUUUUAAAAUGUUUAUUUGGGGGAUUUGAUCCAGAAUGCCAAAUAAACGCUACAUGCUG